AUGUCUGGUAGAAACAUCAAGAUUGUCUGUCGAUUCCGACCUAAGAACUCCAUCGAAAUCAAUGAGGAUGGUGUUCCUAUCAUUGAUGACGAAGGAACGGUCCUCCAAAUGAAGGGAAAAGAAGCCCAGGCAACGUAUGAAUUUGACAAGGCAUUUAACAUGAAUACUCCUCAUAAAGAACAACUUGACUAUUUUAUUCAAGGUAUUGUUGAUGAUGUCUUUGCGGGUUCUACCGGUACAGUGUUUGCUUACGGACAAAGAGGCUUUGGAAAAACAUUCACAAUGAUGGGCAUUGGCAUAGACAAUGAAAAUAGAGAGAAUAUUUUUACCUGUAUUGUCGAACAUAUUUUUGACAGUAUUUUUCGUGCUCCAAGCAACCUUGAAUUUACUAUAAAGGUUUCACACACGGGGAUUUACAUGGAGAAAGUGUGCGAUUUGUUAGACCUUACAAAUGAUGGUCUAGAGAUACAGGAGGACAAGGCAAAUGGUGUCUACAUAAAGCGUUUACUGCAUGUUUAUGUUGGCUCAUUUGAAGAUGUCUAUGAAGUUGUUCACAUGGAUGUCGAAAGUUCCCAGGCUCACUCUAUUAUUGCUAUUACGAUUAUCCAAAGGAAUCUUGAUACUCAUGGAACAAAGUGUGGAAAGCUGUAUUUCGUGGACAGUUAA